UACAGUCAGCUGAUCGUUUUGUCAUACCGGAUGGAAUCAAUAAAUAAAAGUUUAUAAAAAAAUACAAAAGCCAAAGAUAGACGUGAAAUAAUAAAUGAAUAACUAAAAUAACCAUUUAUUAAUAUAUCAGAUAUUAUUUGGUAUAAAUUUGAUCCUCAGUCGGUUUAUUCCAGCAUUUUCACAUAUUGUUUAUGUAUUAAAGUUUGUAUUAUGCUCCGGCACCACUGUACAUAGCUCCACGUCAAACGAAACGCGAAUUAGCUCAGAAGCCGCUUUGCUAGAUAAAAAAAUACUUUUCGUUGAUUUUUAUAAGUUUCUAUCUCACAGUAUCCAUUAAAUUUAAAUAAAAUGGUGAGUUUAAUCAACACAGUAGACACCGGUCAUGAGGAUAUGAUCCACAAUGCUGUGCUGGACUACUACGGUCUGCAUUUGGCAACUUGCUCAUCAGAUGGGUCUGUAAAGGUGUUCGAUGUGAAGAAUGGAAAUCAAAUUUUGGUAGCUGACCUGAAGGGUCAUCAAGGUCCUGUGUGGCAAGUAGCAUGGGCACAUCCCAAGUUCGGAAAUCUAUUGGCUUCCUGUUCAUAUGAUCGUAAGGUUAUCGUAUGGAAAGAGGGCGCCUCAAAUGAAUGGACUAAAUUCUAUGAGUACAACAAUCAUGAUUCCUCCGUUAAUUCGGUAGCUUUUGCGCCUGCCGAAUACGGUCUGAUUCUUGCGUGUGGCAGUUCCGAUGGUUCAAUAUCCAUACUAACAUGCAACAUAGAAUAUGGCGUUUGGGAUAGCAAGAAAAUUUCGAAUGCACACACCAUCGGUUGCAAUGCAAUUUCUUGGUGCUCUUCAACUGUGCCAGAACCAGCAUUCGAUCAGCGUGCUUCAACACGAAAUACGACCGUCAAGCGCCUCGCUAGUGCUGGCUGCGAUAAUUGUGUAAAAAUAUGGCGUGAAGAUACCGAUCGUUGGGUGGAGGAAAAUCGGCUUGAGGGACACUCUGAUUGGGUGCGUGACGUAGCUUGGGCGCCUUCAAUCGGGCUGGCCCGUUCACAAAUCGCCUCAGCGUCACAGGACCGGCAUGUGAUUAUCUGGAACAGCACUGAUUUGACGACAUGGUCGUCAACAAUAUUGCAUACUUUUGAUGAUGUGGUUUGGAGUGUGAGUUGGUCAAUGACCGGGAAUAUUUUAGCCGUUACUGGUGGUGACAAUAAAGUGACACUGUGGAAGGAAAACAACGAGAACCAAUGGAUGUGCAUCAACGACGAUGCCGCGGCUACAAAUGCACAAACAAACGAACAGCGCACGCUGUAAAAAUUAAUGGUUAUUAAUGGAAAAGUCUAUGACAAUAUGUAAACGACUUCUAAAUUUGCCAGAAGACAAAAAAUACAUAUAAGACGUACAUACAUAUAACAGCUAGAAAUGUGUGCAAUUAAAAAUUCAUAAAAGUAUCUAAAGCAUUUAUAUUUCUUUAUGCACGUUUUAUUUGUGGUUUCAUAUUGACAUAGACAUUUUAUAAAUUUUUCAGUUGCUGUUAAUUUGAAAUUGAUAAAAUGGUUUAGAGAUAAGAAAUUAAGUCUUGCGCAGAUUAGUCUCGUAUUAAUGUUUAUGUUCUUCUAUUUCCGUAUAUGCAUGACUAAAUAGACAUACAUACAUACAUAUGUUUAUUUUUUACUAUACUAGCUCAGUUAUUGUGAAGGCGAGAUUGUCGUAUUGUAAUACAAAAUAAAUUUCUAGCUUAAAAAAGA